UGAGUGGCGUUGCUUUCCCAAGCCUUCGUUUCGGAAAUGAUCCUAUCUCUCGUCUCUUUCUCUCCUCUCGAAAUUGGAUACACACACUUCGCAGAAUAAUUGCCAAUAAUUGCUGAUCGUGUAAGCUAUAUCGCAACAGGGAUACGCGUCAGAGACGAGAGCGGUUUGUGGUUAGACAACGCGCGGCUCAACCGGGUCCCGGCUGAUUUCUGCGAGAUCCUCCCCGAAAUCCCGCGCAAAUAAUCCUCGCACUUUCGAGAAUCGAGUCGUCGUCGCCAGAGCAUGCUCCGAAAAUACGACGAAAAUGGACGUAACGCGCACGUGAGACAUUUUUAGAUGACUCUUCGCGAUAGGGACCCUGAAAAAGGGAGCAUCUCUUGAAUCGCGUCGAUCUUUCUCAGUGAAAAGACGAAUCGUGAAUUGCUGCGAAAAUGUCUGUGACCUUCGCGCAACGCGGCAGGCCACCUCCGAAUCCUGCUCAAAUACAGAAGAUGCUCGAUGAAAACAGCCAACUUAUACAAAUGAUUCAAGAGUAUCAAAAUAAGGGCAAGGCACAGGAAUGUGUACAAUAUCAACAAAUGUUACACCGCAACUUAGUAUAUUUAGCAUCUAUUGCAGAUGUGAAUCAGAAUCUUCAAACUCUAUUACCUCUACCUCAAGGUAUUGCCAAUGGUCCUCAGCAUAGUAUGAUGAAUCCGCAAGGGCUUCCAAGCCCAGGUCCAGGUGCUUCACCCGGUCCUGGAGGAGAAAUGACUCCAAAUACACAGCCAACUAUGCCAAUGUCGAGUUUUAAUCAAGGACAACCAAUGACACAAGGUUAUCGUGGACCUGUAAUGCCUGGUCAAGGACCUACUAUAAAUAGACCUCCAAAUACACCAGGUCCACAACAAUAUAGAGGUCCACAAGGUUAUCCUCAACAGCCUUCUCCACAAGGUUAUCCUGCUCAAUACGGCAGUCAGAAUCCUGGCUCUAAUUACCAAGGACCACAAGGAUCGGCAUAUACUCCCGGUCAACCAAAUCAGUAUGGUCCACCAAACGCUUCUCAACAACAAGGAUAUAAUGCAGCGACGCAGCCAAAUUAUGGUCCUCCGACUACAGUGAACAGUUACGGUCCACAACCAGGCGGUUAUCCACCGCCGUCGACUCAACCACCUUCCGGAUACGGACCACCGCCGCCGAAUCAGCAAGGCUAUCCUCCAUCUAACGCUUCGCAGCAAAAUUUUUCAUCAGGUAGUCAACAACAACAACAACCAGGACAAUAUGGCAGUCCUAGUCCACAACCAAAUUAUCAACAGCCUCCGUCCCAAGCGCCACCUCAAAACGCAUACGCCGCUGGACAACCCGGAAAUUAUCCCCCUCCAUCCUCACAGGCAUACGCGAAUAAUGUCCCGCCACAAAAUUACCCACCGCCUCCGACAACCAGCGCGACUCAACCCCCGCAACCUGGAUCUCAGCAAAACGCGGGUCCACAGCCCAACUACGUUAGCCAACCGAGCCCAGGUCCUGGCGCAACGCAGUACGGUCCCGUUUCUACAUCACCGCCAUUUAGUACUUCCUCCGCAAGCGGCGGUAAUACUUAUGCCCAGAGCAGUCAGCCGACAAGUACGCCGUCUGCUUCGACGCAGACGUAUCCACCAAGUAGUGGUCCGCCACCGACAUCACAGGGUGGAAACUAUGCACCCCCUGUUCCACCGUCCCCUGCAGGAUAUCCUGUUCAUCAAUCACCUCAUCCGACGUCGCACCCCCCGCACCCACCACCACCGCAUCAAUCACCUCAUCAGCCACCGCACACUCCACAUCAACCACCACAUCAGCCAUCGCAUCAAUCAUCCCAUCAACCACCCUCUCAUCAAUCGCCACAUCAGCCACCACAACAAUCUCAGCAACAGUCGCAAACAGCUCCGCAGACACAACAGCAACCGUCUCAGAGUCCAGCCCCGAGUGGAUUUCAAUCACCGUCCGGUCCACCACAAGGUCCAGCCCCACCACCAGGCCCUCAACAGCAGCCUGCUUAUGGGCCUACUACUACGCAAACAUACGUCCCACCAACACCAGGAGGGCAACCACAGAUUUAUAGCCCACAUCCACCGCAAGGGGCACAACACUAUGGACAUCCACAAUAUCCUCCUCAAAGUUACCCUCCACCGCCAGCAGGUCAAGGGUAUCCACAGUAUCCUCCAAGACCACCUGGUGGACACAUGCCUCCUCCACCAGGACCGCAGGGGCCACCGCCACCUAAUCAGUAUGGAGGUUACGGUUAUCAACCACCCACACAAUAAAAUGCAUUAAUUCUUAAAUUCACAUAGAUUUUAGAUUAAUGUGAAUAUUGAGAAUAUUUUUAUUUGCGUUUUUGUUUACACUUUAUUGUGUACGUUAUAAUGUACUUUAUUAAUGUAAAUUUACAAUAUAUUAAUAUAGAUAUAUUGUGGAUAUCCAUAUUAACAUGAAUGCAAAGGAUUCCACAAGUGAUGAGAUUAGAAAGAAUUAUAUGAAGAACUUUAUGAUUCACAGUCUUUAAUAAUAUAUUGCAUCUAACAUAAUAAAAAAUACUUAGAACA